AUCAACUAUCCAUGGCAUUCCAGUUAAAUGUCUGAUGCUUUAAAGUAGGAUAGUGGCAAACCAAUUGAAAACAACAGUAACAAAGCCAUUGCGUGGAAAUUGAAGAUUUUUGUAAAUUAACACAUAUAUGGAGAAUCUUUGCACGCUUUUGGAUGUCACGUGAAGGCUGAAUUUCUCUUUUCCGUGUCUAAGUGUUUAUGGUGUCUGUCGGCCAUCUUUAAAGCUUCGUGGUAGCAGGAGACAUUAAAGAAAAUGAGUUUAAUAUUGAUGUUAAUCGUUGGUAUUCUAAUAGCAGAGGGGGAUACAGCAAAGGAACUACCUAUCGGCUUGAUAUUGGAUGAACAUGCACAUGAAGCAGAGAUGGCGUUUAAUUUUGCAACUAUGGUUAUCAACAAUGACCCAACGUUUCCUAGGUUAAGCGGACGCAGAAUGACGUUAAAGGUUUUGUCGAUUAACAGAACGGAUGUUUCUGACAACUAUAAACUAGGAGCUGCCAUUUGUAGUAUGGCGAAUAAAGGUGUAUCAGCAAUCAUCGGUAUUAGCCACCCAGUAUCCUAUAAUACUAUACAGUCAUAUAGUCACGCUCUACAGAUACCGUAUAUACUAGUAUCACCAUCACGAUCAUCAUCUACAGAUAUUUAUAAAUAUGAUAUUAGUCUAUCACCACCUUAUUCUGAGGUUGUCAUUGAUCUGAUUGACAGGUUACAGUGGCCUAAAGUAUAUUAUAUAUACGAUUCCGAUGAUGGUUUAUGGAGAUUACAGAAAGUGUAUCAAUACUUUCAAAGACGAAAAUAUGGUCAUAUAAUAAUUGACGCUUAUCGAAUUAAAUCUGUUGAAAAUUCAUAUGAUCAGCUACGACGACUGGAUAAUAAAGAAUUUGAAAUCAAGAGAAUUGUAUUGGAUUUGUCAUCAGCCGACUCUUAUAGAACUAUUUUAGAACAGGUUGUUGAUAUGGGAAUGAACAGAGAUAAUUAUCAUUAUAUACUGUCAGGAUUGGGUGCUGUAGAUCUGAACAGCUCAAAUUUUUACGACAUGUUUUUAUAUGGCGGUGUAAAUAUAACAGCAUUUAAUGUGAUCAAUACUUAUGGUGAUAUGUACAAAAGAUGGGGACGAUUGGCACAGAAAUACAGUCGACAAUUCAAAAAUAUAUUUCCAUUUAAGACGAACACGGCAUUAAUGAUAGAUGCCAUUAUGGCUCUUUAUGAAUCAAUUGCACCGUUAUACGAUCAAAAUGAUUUGAGAGAUGAAAAAUUAUUUCGACCGAAUAAAGACAAGUUGAAUCAGGAGGUUCAAUGUAGAGCUGAAUUAUUGAGACCAUCAAGAUUUGGUCAUUAUGUCCUUAAUACUCUGUUACAGGUCAGAUUUCAGGGAUUAACUGGUUUAAUUGUAUUUGAUGCUCAUGGAGUCAGGAUUAAUUAUUCUUUAGAUGUGAUGAAUCUAGGAUUCCAAGAAUCCUUUAAAAAGAUUAAAACCUGGACACCUCGUACUUCUAAAGAAUUGCCGGAUUACACCAUCAAAAUAAAUGCAUCAUCACUUUAUAACCGAACUCAGAAAAUAGCAACAGUAAUGGAACAACCAUUUACAAUGAUAAAGAAAGAAAGAGAUGGGGAACCACCACAUGGAGGAUCUCAGGGUUAUGAAGGGUACUGUGUAGAUUUAAUAGCUUUAGUGGCUAAAAAGGUUGGUUUUGAAUACGUAUUGUUGCCGAGUAAUGAUUAUGGUAAGAAGUUAGAAAAUGGUUCAUGGACUGGUAUGAUAGGAGAACUAGUCAGAAAGGAGAAAGAUAUUGCUGUUGCAUCUUUGACUAUAACAGAAGAACGUGAACGAGCUGUAGAUUUCUCUAAACCAUUUAUGAGUACUGGUAUCAGUAUAAUGAUAAAGAAACCGGAUAAGCAAAAACCAGGUGUCUUCUCUUUUAUGCAACCAUUGGACAAAACAGUAUGGAUUUGUAUUGGUAUCGGAUUUCUAGCUGUCAGUUUCGUAUUAUUUUUUGUUGGUCGAUUCAGUCCUUAUGAAUGGAGUGGAGAUGGAGAUAAAGAUGAAGAAGUCGCCAACACGUUUACAAUAUCCAAUACCAUGUGGUUUUCCUUAGGGGCGUUGAUGCAACAGGGCUCUGAUAUAUCCCCGAGGUCACUUUCAGGUCGUUUGAUAGGGAGUGCUUGGUGGUUUUUUACUUUAAUUAUUAUUUCUUCCUAUACUGCUAAUCUAGCUGCUUUUCUUACCAUUGAAAAAAUGUUAACACCUAUAGCUUCUGCUGAUGAUUUAGUUAAACAAAGUGAUAUUAAAUAUGGGACAAAAUCUGAAGGUUCAUCGUGGACAUUCUUCGAGGAAUCCCAAGUGCCAGUGUAUUCCAUUAUGUAUAAAUAUAUGAAAGACAAUAAAGACACAGUAUUACACGGGGCAGUUGAAAAUGGUGUUGAAAUGGUUAGAAACAACAAAGGAAAAUACGCCUUUUUACUGGAAUCAACAAUGAAUAACUAUUAUAAUCAACGUGAACCAUGCGAUACUAUUAGAGUGGGUGAUAAUUUAGAUAAUAAAGGAUAUGGUAUAGCUACACCUGUUGGUUAUCCUCAUAGAGAUACUAUAAAUAUUGCUGUAUUAGAAUUACGUGAAGUGGGAGAAUUGCAUAAAUUAGAACAGAAGUGGUGGUAUGAUAAAGGGCAAUGUGGGAAUGCAGAUGGGAGUAAGGAUGCUUCACAGAGUGCCCUAACUUUAAGUAACGUAUCUGGUAUCUUCCAUAUAUUAAUUGGUGGACUUGUCCUGGCCAUGAUAACCUCAUCAUUAGAAUAUUUGGUUCAACGAAAAUUAUACGCAAAUAAAGCGAAGAAAAAUGCCAAGAAGGGCCCAGCCGUAAAGCAAACGGUCGUAACGAGAAGACGGCGGCAUGUGGAUAGAGAUAAUCUUGAUGGUGCUGGUCCUGGUGUUACUUCCUACUCACCAGAACGUGAAAAUGGAGGAUAUAAUAUGGCGACUGGUGGUGCUCAACUGAUCCAUUUUGAUUCUCAUCCUUCAGAUCACACAGAAAUAUAGUUAAUAAUGCACACUAGCAGAACAAUGUUUUCUCUUAUUACAGAACGUGACUAUUAUCUUUCAUAGCUUACUUUACGUGUAAAUAUUUAUAUAACUAUGCUUUUAAUUUAUUUUUAUUCCAAUUUUGAUAUAAAUAAAAUGUUGAAGA